GUGGACUGAACAGACUCCGACCGAGACUGGUGGCGGGUUAGAGGCACGCGGUAGUCUCACCCCAGACAGUGUGUGGUGUGGUGUGUUGUGAGGAGGAUUUUCAGUGAAUUCUUAUAUUCAAGUGCUGAAGAGCAACAUCCUGACAUCCACGUUUGUCAUGCAAUAAACUUAAAAUCUGUGCAAGAACAGCACAAGCGGACCUGAAGUAUAUAUACACUCGGUAUAUAUACACAAGGGGACGAGGGAGUGGAUGUUGGUGUGGGUAGCCGGAGUUUGUGUCGUCAGUCAGUGUUGACACUCAUGAGUCUGUGUGUGUGUGUCAUGCCACGAGUGUAGUCAUCAGUAAAACCGCGUGGUAAGAUAUUGUGGUGUUGUGGAGUGUCUCAGUGGUGUCAAGUGUCACGUAUGACAAUUAUUUUCCUCAGUAAAGAUACAUGAAAAAAAGUGUUCACUGCUGUGUUGAGAAGUGAGUCAUGUGAUGAGUGAGACUGCUGGCUCCAAGUGGUGAGUCAUAUGUCACUUUUCCAUACUGGCCUGAGAACCUCUCACACAUCUUGCUAACUGUGUGACGGACUGCUAGGUGGUGCAGGCUGCGAGGAGACAAGCAACUGUCUCUCCCCCAUCACUUGUCAUACUGAGACCGACCUUCCUUACCUCCCCCGGGCAGGUGUCUCCGCCUCACGUAUCCACCUGCAACAUGUGAUACACGAUAGCCCACAGUACCUGAGUGAGGCUUAAUACACGUUGGUCAUGUGUUUACACGAUGGAAUUACGAGCCCGGGUGGUGAGAGGUGAUACAGAGGUGGUCCUGGUGACUUAGGUGACUGCCGGGGAGACUUAUAACUAAUCAUCACCAGCCGUGAGAGUGAUCAAAGAGGUGUAAGAGGAAAGUGGUGAGAGUGGGUGUGGUGGCCCGAAGCCUGGAAUCUACGGCGCCGUUCGUCAGCAGAUGUCCAAGAUGCGUCAGCGACUGUCCAACGGGGUGGCGCUCAUCCCCCUUCACGAGCUGCAGGAAGUCACCAAGGAAACUGACACAGAUACGCCAAAACCCAACAAGGGUGGAAGAGCAAAUCUCUUGGGUCGAGCUCUCUCCUUCAAGGACAGAUUGGAGGGUAAAUUCACAGGGAUGAAGUCGCCUAUGCGCCCGAAUACAGGCAAAAUUGUAAAAGUUGAACCGAGUGGAAACAACGAGACCUUACACAAUAAAGUAGAGCAUGUGUGGCGAGCGCUGGACUUCUAUAAAGAUGUUGUGGACAAGAGCAGCACCGACAUGCUGCCUGGGUCAGCUACAGUGGUGCUGGAGAUGGUGGUGGCACUUAACCUGGCACUCAAACCUGCCUUCUCAAACCAAAGCAGUAAUGCAGUAGCAUCAGUGCUUGCCAGUGUCCAUCAGAGUGUAGCAGAAUUGGUGCGAUGGAGCGACCAGUUACUGUUGCAUGAAGAUGAUUCCCACAACACAAAGACUGUCGAUGAAGUUGUACUGGCAGUCAGGGAAGCCGUCCAGGCAUUGGUUGAUCUUGCUGCUGAUAAAGAAAAUUUUUACACUCCAGACUCAAGUAUUAUUCCGUCCUCCGUUGAUAACAAUAAUUCAAUCGAAAAAUCCCCAGCAUAUUGCAGCAAUAGACAUUCAGAUAUUUCAAGUCAUCGAAACUCUCUACCUGAAAUUAAGGCAGACUCACCCACAGAAAAAAAUGGGAGCUUUCUCCUACCGUGUGACAACUCAACAAAACUUAGUCAUUCUCGAAGCUCAGAUUCUAUACUUACUGGUUCAGAGGUGGAAUCUCCACCACCCAAACCUCCCCUGCCAUUUGGGCGGUCUGAUGUUGCUCCCCCUCUACCUCCUAAAAAGAAGAGUACCAAAGGAAGCUCACCAGAAAAUUAUGCUGCAAAUGCCAAAUACUUGCCUUCACCAGUUGGACACAGUCCACACUUGAAUCAUAGUCAUGAUGGAAGUUCAUCAGAAUGGGCAGACCAUAAUAUUGGCUCUUCAUCUCUCUCAACUUCACUAGAAAGAGGAUCUGGGACAACUCGUUUUCCAAUCCACGUUUCUCCAGCUUCUAGCCUGGACUGUAUGAACCAGCCACAUGAUGAACCUCCCACCUCCCGUACAAGUCUCAAUUCAUGCAGUUCUUUACCUGAUCGACCUGACCUAGAUUUUGAGAGUGCUGUGCACAAAAACUUGAGAAUUGAAAUACCAGGACCAGGAGAUACCAUUCUACCGAUAAGUCAACGUAUGCCAUCAGUAUAUAAUUUGGGCACAAAUCAGGGUUUCCGAUCUAUUUCAUCAAUGCAAAGUAUCUCCUCCAGCACUAGCACCAGCAGUAUCAGUCACGGUUAUUCAUCCAAGUUCACCAGCGAGAGCACGGCCGUGAUGCAGUCUCGCUCACAGACUUCCUUUUCUUCUUCUCAGGUUAGCAGUAAAGUGGUGUGUAGCUCCCAGCGUUUACUUUCGUAUACCGCCACUCGCUCAUCCACAUCCUCCUCCUCUUCAUCUUCUUCUUGUGCCAGCGAGGGAGAAAAUCACCUUAUAUCAGUGCAAGUGCGUCCUGCACUACCAGCAAAGCAGCGUCAGUAUCAUGGUGGAGGUUCUUCAGAGGGUCGUGCUACAUCAACGUAUGACAAUGUUGAUCGUGUGGAUGGUGCAGAUAUAAGAUAUAUUAGUGGGGACCCAAGCCCAAAAUUGCCUCCCAAAGCCAACAACGUGGACCUAGGGAGCAGCAGUAGUAGCAGCACCAGCAGUGUCAAUAGUACUAGUACCUUCAGCAUAAUCAGCAACAGCAGCAGCAUCAGUAGCCAGGGAGGAAGUUGUGUUCAAUUCCGCCAGAAAAAUAAGCUAGAUAUUUAUGGAAGUGAUGACAACCCACCACCUUUGCCUGUGAAAAAAAAAUAUGUUCAUGAUUACAUGAAGCUAUUUGGUCAAGUGAGCGAACCUAAUCCAUUGGAGUUUUUGCGUCAUUCUGUCCACCAAAUGCAUCUUGUCUCAAACAUGGAGUCUCAUCUUCUUGAUCAUGGUGAUGAUCAUGAUCCUUAUCAUACCACCACAUUUACUGGAAUUAUUGAAGGAAUGGAGCCCAUGUCACAACCACCAGCGUUACCGCCCAAAAUGAGACGACUUCAUAUUGUUCAACAAACCAGACAGUCAUUACCAGCAUCAUCACAUUCUGUACCAUUCAUGGACUCAAACAUUGACCCAUCACAACAAAAUUUUAUUUUAGAUGACAAUAGUUUAUGUAGAAAGUCAGUGGAGGAGAAGGAUGAACCUGAAGAAGUUAUUAUUAAGGAUCAAUCUCGGGAAAUAGAGAAGAAGAAAGAGAUAGAGAAGAAAGAAGAAGAGGUAGAAGAGGAAGAGGAAGAAGGACCUUUAGACCUUCUUGAUGUGAGAGACUAUUUAAUUUUGAAAAAGGAAGGAGAUGAAACCCCGGAUGUUAGAGGCGGCCCAGUAGAUUCUCUCAUUGUACACGCAUCUAAAGCUAACAAAAAUGAUUUCUUAUACCAGGAGGCCUUCUUGACAACGUACCGUACCUUCAUUUCACCAAAAGACCUCGUGAAUAAGUUACUGACACGUUACAAUAAGUUUGUGAGCAGUCCUGACGUUGAGAGACAGAAAGCUGCACGAAAUGCUUUCUCUCUGCUAGUGCGAGUUGUGGAUGACCUUGCUAUUACCGACUUAAAUAAUGUAAUUUUGGAAACAUUAACAACGUUUGAGUACACUCUUUUAUGUAGAGGUGAACUACUGUUGGCACGAGCAUUAAGAAGAAAAAUUGUAGAAAAGCUAGAAGCCCGAAAGAGAUACUACACUCCAAAAGAAAAUUUCAAUAUUGCAUCCUUAGCAGUUACCACAAAGCAGUCAACUCUUCUGGAUUUCAGAUCUCGUGAGAUUGCUGAACAAAUGACCCUUUUAGAUGCAGAACUUUUCCUUACUAUGGAAAUUCCAGAAGUUCUUCUUUGGGCAAGUGAGCAGAAUGAAGAAAAGUCACCUAAUCUGACAACAUUUACUGAACAUUUUAACAAGAUGUCAUAUUGGGCUCGUUCUCGUAUCUUAGAGCAGGAAGAUUCAAAGGAUCGUGAAAAGUAUGUCAUGAAGUUCAUCAGUAUCAUGAAACACCUACGGAAGAUAAACAACUUUAACUCCUAUUUAGCUCUCCUCUCAGCCUUGGACUCUGCUCCUAUCAGAAGAUUGGAGUGGCAGAGAACAAUAACUGAUGGUCUGAAGGAGUACUGUGCUCUCAUUGAUUCAUCAUCAUCGUUUCGUGCAUACAGACAGGCCCUCUCUGACUCUACUCCACCUUGCAUACCUUACAUUGGGCUGAUUCUACAGGAUCUAACAUUUGUCAACAUUGGUAACAAUGAUUUGAUGCCUGAUGGAAAUGUCAACUUCUCAAAACGAUGGCAACAGUUUCAUAUCUUGGAUAAUAUGAAAAGAUUUAAAAAAUGCCAAUACACCUUCAAAAAGAAUGAAAAAAUAAUUGCUUUCUUCAACAACUUUGAAGCUUAUCUCAAUGAAGAAGCUCUCUGGUUUAUCUCUGAACGCAUCAAGCCACGCGGAGGGAAGAAGAAGUGAUAAUUUCUACCCUGCACAUAAUACUCCCUGGUAUACACUAAAUAGAAUUUAAAAAUUAGCUUUAUUCACUUCAGGAAUAUGUGAACUCAAAGAAAUGUUAUAUUUUUGAGAAGUAGUCAUAGAUUUCCCAGAAGUGAUAGUUUGGGUCAUAUAAAAAAAAUAUAUUCAGUACUAUUAAGACUCUCUGAGUAACAAUAUUGUUUACUCAGUAUUCUCGUGACCAAAAUGUCUUUAACACUCCAUAUUUGUUGGCAAUGUGAUGAAAUAAGUUUAUCUCUGUCGACAGAAAUUGCUAAUUAUCUGUAAAAAAGAAAUACUAAUAUAACCCUAUCAACUGUGUGAUGUUUUCUGUAGACUAAAGCAUCAAGAUGGUGCUUAUUGUGAAGGCCAUAAUGGCUAGUCCCUUUGAAAUUUAGUAGCUAUGUAAUGUAAUAGUCUUCUUUAUGAAGGCUUAGUAGGCACACAUAUAUACUGUAUGUGUUGGCUUUGAUAAAGUUGUGUGGCAGAGGGUUGGCCAUGCUUCUUGCUGUAUGUACACCUUAUAUAAUAUGUGUGGCAUAUGAUACUGACAUACUGCCAUUAGUGAAUCAAACAUUAAUGUAUGGUAGAUAGUCAUUAUGUAUAUAUUUGUACAGUAUAGUUUACACAUGAUAUUAUUUUUUUUUUUUUUUCAGUUUUGAAAGUAUGCCAAUUUGUGUUCUCAAUCAUACACAUUACAAAACUCACUCCAACACAAUGAGUUCCUGCUUGUGUAGCAGAACUCACAUGUACUCCAGAUAUAAACCUUUGCAAGCCAAAGACGUAGCCACAUGGCUACACGUAUAAUGAUCAGUCCAAAGAUGUAUUCCUGCUCGUUGGCGGGUGAAAGUCACACCCAGCUAACCUGUAUUGUUAUAGCAAUAGGGUAAACUAUACCCUGUUCACUUUAUUUUUGGAGUCACAUUAGGAGUCAAAUCUCGACUCCACACCUCAUGGUGACAAUUAUAGUCAUAUAUAUUAAAAGUUAUUGAUGAUGAUUCAUAGGAAUCAAGUAGCCCAUUGAUGAAUCACAUCCUGCUUACUGCCAUUGUCUUUUGUGGUACGACAAGGUACAGUCUGCUUGUGUUCCUGAUACUGAUAAGACAGGUCACACUCAACUUCAUCAUAUCAUUGUUAGACAAGUUGCACUCUACAUUCUCUCAUUGUCUCUUAAGAUAUAGCAGGUCACACCUCACAUUGUAUAUUACUCAGUUUCCUUAAUUCUUGUUGCCAUGAGAGUUUAUAUUGACUGACAGUACCAGUUAGAUAUGGCUGGUCACAUGUGAUACAAGAGCUCAUUCUCUUUUCCACAUCGUUAUGUCUGUACAAACUGUACUGUGCACUCAACUUACCAUUUUCUUGGAUUCUUCACUAAUGAUUUAUACUAAUUAACAAUAGUGCAAUGAAAACAUUAGCAAUAAUUGUGUAGGCCAUCACAACCACUGUGUUCAGUGAUGCAUUUUAUCAAACAACUAUUUUCAUCAUAAUGAAAGCUACCAGUUUUGAUUACAAUUCUUAUCAUUUUAUUGUAACUGUGUGUGUGUAGGGCAAGCUAUAAUUUUUAUUAUGGUGCUUUUAAUACUUGACAAUGUGUUCUUUGUCCUUCAUUAAUCAUCUUCCUCAUCUGUGGCUUGUGCACAAUCUAAACCAUUAUUUUCUUCCGUUAAAAAUUUAACAAAAUGAUUACUUAAUACAGUAGUUCUAUAUUUUUAUUGUGUAAAAGAAAUAUUCAAAGAAAUUAUCAAUUCUAAAACUUCUUUUUAACUUUGUGUGUUUAUUAGUUGUUUUUAUAAAUUAAAUUAAUGACUGAAUUAUGAGAAACGUGCAUCGCUACUUUUUGUCGUGUUAGAGUCUUAUCUUCAUAUAUGCAAUAUAUGUUGUUUGUGUGUAAAGUAGAUGGGUCCAUGCAUAAUAUUAAAAAGGAUUUUUCACUGCUUAACAUUCAUACUAUUUUUUUUUUUUCUUAAACAUUGGUCAAUCUGAACAAGUCACUUGUGCUUUUAGGAGGGAGGAAAGACACAAAAGUGAUACUGAUGUUGGCCAAGGGUUAACUCAUAAUGGUCAACCUCUGCACAUCUUUGAUGUUAUCUUAAUGAAGUGUAGACCCAAAUAUUUCUGUCUCAUCCAUUAACUCCCUCAUGUUCAUAGAAUAUGUCUGAUUGCUGAUCAGUAUGUAAUAGCUUCACAAUCUUUAACAUUUCUUCCAAAGCUUGGUAGUUUUUGUUAAUUAUUGCUCUUGGUCAUUCUCUCAUACAGCAUGUGCUGUAAUGUAAUGCUUCACUUUAGCAGUUAUAGCAUUCUUCUGUGAUUUUCUUUUCAAUCCACUCUGGUCAUUGUAGUCUGUCUAACUGUACUGUUCAUUCUUAAAAUUUCAUGAGUGACAUGAUCUUAGUGAAGAGUCCCAAAUAAUAUAUUGAUACAUUAAACUGCCAAUUUAGUGUCUGUGUCACUUAUACAGUAUACUGUUUUGGAGAUAAAAUUCAUAAUACUGUACAUAUUUUAGUAAUCCUUUUGUCAUUGUAUCAGCAUCAAGGGUUACAGUGUUUUGGUUGUAAGUUUCUGGAUGCUGGUAAUAUCAUUACAUAUUAUGUAUGAACCUAUAUAUUUCUUUUGACUUAUUAGUUACAAGCAAUACAUGUAUAAUAUCAAAAUAUUUAUUCAUAAUUUAAGAGAUGCAGUACAAUGAAACAAACUGUCCAGAUCACAUUUGUGUAAACAAAUGUUGAAUAGCAGCAUUUAUGAAUUACUGUAUUAUAAUAAUAUUUUUUAGUGAAAUGUGAAUAAGGCUGAUACUUAUUGUAACUGAUAUGCAAGUCAUAGUUAGGACAACUGCAAGAGGCAGACUUGCUGAUAUAAGAUAAAAAAAAAAAGGCAAACAAGGCAUGUGUGGUAGCAUUUACCACAUCUUGUUGCUCCACACAGUUAACAUUAUUUUGUACACUUUUUUUUCUCUCUUCCAGUGUCUAUGUCCAUAGUGGUCAUUCAUUGUGCUGAUCAAUAGAAGCCUACAUCUUAAUUUAGGUUAAGUUAUUUUUAUGACUGAAUCACAUCACCCUGGUCCUUACUAAGCUUAAAUGAAGCUCGUGGUCUUUAUAAAGUUUGGUGAGGAUAUCAUGCAGGUCUCCUCGUACAGAGUAUUGAGGUACAAACAAGGAAUCAGAGGCUACGUAGCAGUACAUGGCCCCUUUUUCUAGUCAUUCUUGUAAGUCAUAUUGCACCAAGAGAUUUUAUUUACCUUUUGGACUGUUUUUAAAUGUAGUAUACUACAAGAUUAUUUAAAGUUGCAUAUUGAGUUGCUAUAAAUUACAGUAAUGGUUUGUAUUGUCAGGCUAUUUUAUACAGAAAAUAAAUUUGAUAUGCCA